AAGAAUGUUCCGUGCAAUUCUGAUUCUGGGGACGGUUUUCUUGAUAGCCAAAGCUACUCCCGAUUUUUACACUUUGGAAGAAUACAAAAACCUAACGGAUGAUCUACUUAAGGGUUAUUCCAACAAAAUCCGCCCUAUAUGGAACCAGGGACAGAGCCUCCCAAUCAGCGUCAGCCUUUGGGUGUCCAGUGUUAAUGAAGUUAGCGCCGUGGACCAGAGGAUGUCCACUACAGCCUACCUCUACGUUACCUGGAUAGAUGAAUCCUUAUGGUGGAACGCGACAGAGACCGGGAUUGAAAUGAUGCAAUUUAACCAGAAAGAUCUUUGGAUACCAGAUAUUGUUCUGAAGAAUGGAUUCACUGCAUUUAAACCUCUUGGGGGUGACUUCUAUUAUUUGUUUGUGGAAUCCAGUGGCAAGGUGCAGUGGUAUCCAUACAUGGUCCUUGAGUCGAAAUGUGAAAUCGAUGUGACCUACUUUCCUUUCGACAGGCAAAUGUGUAAUAUUAUUUUUAAGACAUGGAGCUAUUCCCGACUUGAAGUCAAUCUUACGGUGGAUGAAAAUGAAAUAGGAUUUUUUGACUUUGUUUCGAACAGCGUAUGGGAAGUGACGUCAAUAGAUGCCUGGGAUGACGUAACUAAUAUGGAAACUGACGUAACAUUCAGUAUUUAUCUACGACGAAAACCCUAUUAUUUCAUUAUGAGUUUAGUAAUUCCAGUGAUAUUUCUGGGUUUAUUAAACCCAGUGGUUUUUAUUAUACCCGCCGAUGCCGGAGAGAAAAUGGGUUAUGCCGUUACCAUAUUUCUGACAUUUGUUGUAUUUCUUACCAUUGUCAGUACAUCACUUCCGGCUAAUUCGGACAGUAUUUCCAUUAUGAGUAUUUACCUUGUCAUCAAACUACUCAUUAGUGCCCUGAUAAUUUUCAUUUCUUCUUUACAACUUCGACUGAACCACCGGAAAUCUUCUCGAAAAAUACCGAGAUUUCACGCAAGUGUGGUUAAAUGUGAGCGCCGUCUUCGCUGCAUCAGGAACCAAAUUGACACGCAUGAUCCAGACAACUACGACAAAGAGUCCAAAACCGCCGACAUAGAAUGGUCUGAUGUCUCAUCUGCCGUGGACUUUUUUGCCUUUUGGAUCAUUAACAUUUUAGACCUUUCAGUCACCGGAAUCAUAUUUUAUUUGAUUUUGUCAAUUUAGAAAUAUGAAGUACUAUGCUAUUAUACUGUAUCAACACAUUUGU